GAGUUCAUUGGUUCAUCAAUCCGUCAAUCAUACGGUGCGGGCUUUCUUCAAUUUUCAUUGGCUAGCGAGUUCAGAGGAGGGAUUCGGCAGUCGCCCCGUAAUGGCGGAUGGUGGCGGCUGGCGGCCGCCGCGCCCCUGCGAGACCUACAGCGCUGAAUGGAAGCUCUGCCGCAGCGCGCGGCACUUCCUGCACCACUACUACGUCCACGGCGAGCGGCCAGCCUGCGAGCAGUGGCGGCGCGACCUGGCCAACUGCCGAGAGUGGGAGGAGCGCCGGAGCGCGGAGGCCCAGGCAAGCCAAUUUUUUCAGUUGAUAUUCACCCUGACGGGACCAAGUUCGCAACUGGAGGACAAGGACAGGAUUCUGGGAAGGUUGUGAUCUGGAAUAUGUCUCCAGUCCUCCAGGAGGAUGACGAGAAGGAUGAAAAUAUUCCCAAGAUGCUUUGCCAGAUGGACAAUCACUUAGCAUGUGUGAACUGUGUGCGGUGGUCAAACAGUGGGAUGUAUUUAGCUUCUGGGGGAGAUGACAAACUGAUUAUGGUGUGGAAACGGGCUACGUACAUCGGCCCCAGCACUGUGUUCGGCUCCAGUGGUAAGCUUGCCAACGUGGAGCAGUGGCGAUGUGUCUCUAUCCUCCGGAGUCACUCAGGCGAUGUAAUGGAUGUAGCAUGGUCUCCCCAUGAUGCCUGGCUGGCCUCGUGCAGCGUGGAUAACACUGUCGUCAUCUGGAACGCUGUGAAGUUCCCAGAAAUUCUCGCUACUCUGAGAGGCCAUUCUGGGUUGGUAAAGGGGUUGACCUGGGACCCUGUUGGUAAAUACAUUGCCUCUCAAGCUGACGACCGCAGCCUGAAGGUGUGGAGAACGCUGGACUGGCAGUUGGAGACCAGCAUCACCAAGCCUUUUGAUGAGUGUGGAGGGACAACCCAUGUGUUGCGGCUCAGCUGGUCACCUGACGGGCACUACCUGGUGUCUGCCCACGCCAUGAACAACUCUGGCCCCACUGCCCAGAUCAUUGAACGGGAGGGCUGGAAGACCAACAUGGACUUUGUCGGGCACCGGAAAGCUGUGACUGUUGUUAAAUUCAACCCAAAAAUCUUCAAAAAGAAGCAGAAGAAUGGGAGUUCUGCAAAGCCCAGCUGCCCAUAUUGCUGCUGUGCUGUUGGCAGCAAGGACCGUUCUCUCUCUGUCUGGCUCACGUGUCUGAAACGGCCUUUGGUUGUCAUCCAUGAGCUAUUCGACAAAUCCAUCAUGGAUAUUUCCUGGACUCUGAAUGGGCUGGGCAUCUUGGUGUGCUCCAUGGAUGGCUCUGUGGCGUUUCUAGAUUUCUCCCAGGAUGAGCUUGGAGACCCCCUGAGCGAGGAGGAGAAGAGCCGCAUUCACCAGUCUACCUAUGGCAAGAGCUUGGCCAUCAUGACUGAGGCCCAGCUCUCCACAGCUGUCAUCGAGAACCCAGAGAUGCUCAAAUACCAGCGCAGGCAGCAACAACAGCAGCUGGACCACAAGAGUGCCUCGGCCAGAGAGACAAGUUCAGCUACCUCAGUUGCUGGCGUUGUCAAUGGGGAGAGUCUAGAAGACAUUAGGAAGAAUCUUUUGAAGAAACAAGUUGAGACUCGGACUGCAGAUGGUCGCAGAAGAAUCACACCUCUCUGCAUAGCACAGCUGGACACCGGGGACUUCUCCACGGCAUUCUUUAACAGCAUCCCACUCUCGGGCUCCCUGGCGGGCACCAUGCUCUCCUCUCAUAGCAAUCCACAGCUACUGCCACUCGACUCCAGUACCCCCAACUCCUUUGGCGCCUCGAAGCCCUCCACAGAGCCUGUGGCGACAGCUGGUGCCAGGCCGGCUGGUGAUACUGCCAGUAAGGACAGUGUGAAUGCUACCUCUACUCCUGCUGCAUCGUCACCCUCCGUGUUAACAACCCCGUCCAAGAUUGAACCCAUGAAAGCAUUUGACUCCCGAUUCACCGAGCGGUCUAAAGCCACGCCAGGUGCUCCUGCCUUGACCAGUGUGACUCCAACAACUGUGGAAAGGUUGAAAGAGCAGAACCUUGUGAAAGACCUGAGGCCCCGGGACCUCCUGGAGAGCAGCAGUGACAGCGACGAAAAAGUCCCUGUGGCCAAGCCCUCCUCGCUGUCCAAGCGAAAACUGGAGCUUGAGGUGGAAACAGUGGAGAAGAAGAAGAAAGGGCGACCUCGGAAGGAGUCUCGGCUCAUGCCUGUGUCUCUGUCUGUCCAGUCCCCAGCUGCCCUGACCACAGAGAAGGACACCGUGUGUUUGUCUGUACCAGCACCUGCACUGAAGCUGCCCAUGCCAGGCCCCCAGAGAGCAUUUACCCUCCAGGUGAGCUCCGAUCCCUCCAUGUACAUUGAAGUGGAGAAUGAAGUGACUGCUGUGGGGGGCGUGAAGCUAAGUCGUUUGAAGUGUAACCGGGAAGGGAAGGAGUGGGAGACGGUGCUCACCAGCCGGAUCCUCACUGCUGCUGGCAGUUGUGACGUGGUAUGUGUCGCCUGUGAAAAGAGGAUGCUGUCAGUGUUCUCCGCCUGUGGUCGCCGUCUCCUCCCUCCCAUCCUCCUGCCGUCCCCAAUCUCCACUUUGCACUGCACGGGUUCCUACGUCAUGGCACUCACGGCUGCAGCCACAUUAUCUGUCUGGGAUGUUCACAGACAGGUAGUUGUGGUGAAAGAAGAAUCGCUACACUCCAUCUUGGCAGGAAGUGACAUGACAGUGUCACAGAUCUUGCUGACACAGCAUGGAAUCCCAGUGAUGAACCUGUCCGAUGGGAAGGCAUACUGCUUUAAUCCAUCACUUUCUACAUGGAACCUGGUUUCUGACAAGCAGGACUCCCUGGCCCAGUGUGCAGACUUCAGGAGCAGCCUGCCUCCCCAGGACGCCAUGUUGUGCUCCGGACCUUUAGCCAUAGUCCAGGGCCGUGCCUCCACUUCAGGAAGACAGGCAGCCCGCCUCUUCUCCGUGCCUCAUGUAGUGCAGCAGGAGACCACCCUGGCCUACCUGGAGAAUCAGGUUGCAGCAGCACUCACCCUGCAGUCCAGCCAUGAGUACCGCCAUUGGCUACUCCUCUACGCUCGGUACCUUGUGAAUGAAGGGUCUCCGGAAGAGGGAACUGUUGAAGGAGCUACUGCCAGUCAUUGGGCAGAAUCUCCGCUUUCAGCGCCUCUUCACCGAGUGUCAGGAGCAGCUCGAUAUCCUGAGGGACAAGUAGCCUGCCUAGGCCUCCCCUGGCUACAGCAAGGGCAGGGCCACACUCUCACCGCUGACAACACAGAGGACCACCUCUCACCUCGUCAGGCUACAGAAGGACGAGGAGACACUGGCAAGAGGUGGGCUGUCCCGUGCCAGCACCAACCCAGCUUCCUGGGCAGACUUCCCCUAUUUCCUGGGCCUGUUGCUCCCUCAGAAGGAGGAACCUCUGCCAGCCAUUCAUCCCUCCCUCCAGGACCCCUGUGCAGAGCUGGGGCUGGGGCCCUGCCCUGCUGCCCCGGAGUCAGUGAGGCACUCCCAGGCCUGCCGUCUCCAGCACGGUCCCAAGGUGGACGCUAGUCCCUGCCACUGCAGGCACCGUGCUGCUUCAGCUAUGACGAAUGAGCCAUUUGUGAAAGAGAGAGAACCCUGAAAUGUUAGUGUAUUAUGCGGUCAGUAGGCUGACCCCGAGACCUAUGUAAAAGGAAAGCCUAUUCCAACACGGACUAUUUUUGUACUAGAAUUUGCUAACUUGUAAUAUGGAAUUUUCCUUUUGGCCAAUAAUCAGGAUUUCCCCUAUAAGUCACUUGGACAUUGGUCACUUGUAGGAAAUUUAAACUCUAAUUAUGACAGCUACAUUGAAAAAUAAUUGUACUGAAAUUAACUUGUCUAUCUUCAUUUGGUUUUAAUUUUUAAAUGUUUGUAAAAAGAGACUGUUUUUUGGGGGAAUGGGGCAGAGGGGUGGGCGAUUUCUUUUGUAAGUGUAAAAUAAAUGAACACGCAUUGGAUACCAAAUCA